AUGGGUGCUAAUGAUAGCCCAAUAACAACUCGUUCAAUUAUAACUGAUUAUUUCGAUUGGCGUCUAAAUAAUAGAACAAUAACGAAUAACCGUUUAUUUCUAAUUGUACGCAAGAUCGCUAGUGAUCGUGAAGCAGAAUAUCGUGAUCAACAACCAACAUUUAAUUUCCGUUUUGAACAAUCACCAGUUGACUUACAAACGCUAAAUAAUAUUCAAACUAUUCAUCGAGAAAUUGCAAGAGAAAUGUUUGCUGAUGGUGUAGUAACAUGGAAACGUAUCAUAACAUUUAUAUCAUUCUCAGCUGCGUUAGCUGAACAUAUUAUACAACAGCAAACAAAUACUUUACCACGGACUUUAAUUAUUUCAUCUGUGAUCGAUUGGACAACGAACUUUAUUGAUACCGACUUUCAAGAAUGGCUUCAAAGUCAAAACUAUUGGACCGGCUGCUUGAAGGUUUAUGAGAAUAUACUGCAACGACGAAAUUCAAUUGGUCGUUAUGCUGGUAUACUUGGAACUAUCGGUAUGCUCACACUCGGCGCUUUGUACAUGCGACGGAGUUGA